CUGUAGUAUUGCUAUGCACAGCAAUCCUAAAACCCUCCGCCAUCUUCUAUCCCUUCCCUUCUCCGUCUCUCUCCUCCACCGCCAGUCACACACAUGAACAGCUCUCGAGCUGAUACUUCCGUUUCUGAUUUCCAAUCCCUAAAUUUCUGAUCGCGAGGAGAAGGAAAGUGGAAUUGGUGCGAAACAUUAUGAAAGGAGGAGCAAUUCGUGUGUCUUCUUGAGGAUGAAUUUUCAGCUGCGGAGGAGCUUCUCUUCACUCCUGUGGAGCAGUCAUCCUGAAACCUCCAUGGCUCAGGGCCCAUUUCUGAAUCAACUGGGGAUACACAUCAGUUCGUUAUCUGUUGGCGGUGGUGAUUUAUACAGGACUUAUUCCCAGCUUAAGUUCAAAAAGGGCAAAUUGUCACGUAUGAACAUUGCAAACAGCUUAAAGGCUCCACGAGCCAUUCGUAAUGUUUCAAUUCAAACUGGAGCUUCUGAUGAGAUAUCCAUUUUAGCAGCUCCUAGAUUCUAUUAUAAGCCUAUCGUUGGUGGGUCCCGAUUUGGAUGGCCUAGUUUUAGUGCUUCAGCCUACAGGACUCGGUGUUAUUCCCAGUUUCCGAAAUCGCAAGUAUUUAUAAAGGAUGACGUGCUUCCUAAAGAGAAAAGGGGAGGCGCCAGUGUCUUGGCUUCGAGAGCUAAUUUUGAUUCAAACCGGAAGCUUCCUAAGGCACUGGCUGCUCGGAGUAGAAAGAGUGCUGAUGGCUCUACAUCUGGUAGUAGAAAUCAUGAUACUAUCGUGCAAACUCAAGAGCUCUCUACUAAGCAGGAUGAUAAAGCUCAAGUGCAACAAGAGCACUCAAGAACCAAGAAAAAUAACAAAAAGCAGAAGAGCGGUGUUACUGUUGUAGAUGAAGAUUCUCAGUCAAAAUGUUCGGGAAUAAAAACUCCAUCUAGAAGAUCGUCCUCGGAAACAAAGCUAGAGGACAAUCUUAAUGGCAACAAGCUAGAAGAAUCACUUCGUUCUUCUGCUUCACCAAAAAGGGCCUCUAGAAAGAAGGCUAAGAGUCAAUCAGCGAAGAUGACUGCCGAAUCACUUGAGAAGCAGGGGCAACCGGUGAAGGUGACUACGGAUACACCUGAGAUAGACAGAUACCGAAGGACUCCCAGUGUAAAUUCUCGCAAAGGAAGUAACCUCAAACCAUUGUAUCCUCCCAGUGGAAAAUCGGUGGUUGUGGUGGAAUCUGCUACAAAAGCAAAAGUUAUACAACGUUACCUUGGUGACAUGUUUGAAGUAUUGCCUAGCUAUGGCCAUGUGAGGGAUUUGGCUGCAAGGUCGGGAUCCGUCCGUCCUGAUGAGGACUUCAGCAUGGUAUGGGAGGUUCCUUCUCCUGCAUGGACUCAUCUCAAGAGUAUCAAGGUUGCUUUAAGCGGAGCAGAUAAUCUUAUUCUAGCAUCUGAUCCGGAUCGUGAAGGAGAGGCUAUUGCUUGGCAUAUUAUUGAGAUGUUACAGCAACAGGAUGCAUUACGCGAUAAUAUUACUAUUGCUAGGGUUGUUUUUCACGAAAUAACAGAGUCAUCCAUUAAAGCCGCCCUCCAGUCGCCGAGAGAUAUUGAUGCCAACUUAGUUAAUGCAUACCUUGCACGGAGGGCUCUUGAUUAUUUGAUUGGUUUCAACAUUUCACCAUUAUUAUGGCGGAAACUACCGGGUUGCCAAUCUGCAGGGCGAGUCCAGUCUGCCGCUUUAUCCCUCAUAUGUGAUAGAGAAAUGGAAAUUGAUGAAUUUAAACCACAAGAAUAUUGGAGCAUUGAGGCUGGGUUUAACAAAAGCCUCACGGGUUCUCCCAUUGAGUCAGUUUCUUUCAUGUCCAACUUGACAUAUUUUGCUUCUAAGAAAUUAAAUCAGCUCGCGAUCAGUUCCAAUACAGAAGCGAAGAAUAUUCAAGAGAAGAUUUUAUCAUCAAGUUUUAAAGUGAUGGGCUCCAAUAACAAGACAAGGAAGAAUCCUCCUACUCCUUACAUAACCUCUACACUUCAGCAGGAUGCUGCAAAUAAGUUGCAUUUUCCCGCAACAUAUACUAUGAAGCUUGCUCAGAAGCUUUAUGAGGGAGUUCAACUAUCUGAUGGCAAUGCAGUGGGUCUGAUAACUUAUAUGAGAACGGACGGUUUACAUAUUUCUGAUGAGGCUGUAAGGGAAAUAAAUUCACUGGUAGUUGAAAGGUAUGGACCCGAUUUUGCAUCGAAGACUGCCCGCAAAUAUUUUAAGAAGGUGAAAAAUGCUCAAGAGGCUCAUGAAGCAAUCAGACCUACUGAUGUUCAGAGAUUACCAUCAACAAUUGCUGGAGUACUUGAUGAAGAUUCGAUGAAGUUAUACUCUCUUAUAUGGUCUCGUACAAUGGCAUGCCAAAUGGAGCCUGCUAGUUUCAGUCAGGUACAAGUUGAAAUCAGGAGUGCAGAUGAAUCCAUUGCAUUCAGCUCUUCUUGCUCGAAGAAUGAUUUUCUUGGGUAUCAGGCAGUUUUCCAGGACAAGGAAUGUGAAGUGCUGAAGUCUAAAGAAAAGGAGGAGAUUGCGAAUGAUCGCGUUGAAACUUUCGAAGUUCUCAAUUCUUUAAAGGCUGGUGAUCAUGUAUCUCUUGGUCAAGUGGAACUUAAACAGCACUUUACUCAGCCUUCACCACGCUACUCGGAGGGCUCACUAGUUAAGAAGUUAGAAGAGCUAGGGAUUGGAAGACCUUCAACAUAUGCGAGCACAUUGAAAGUUUUGCAGGACAGAAAUUAUGUGUCUGUAAAGAGCCGUGUCCUUUAUCCUGAAUUUCGUGGCCGCAUGGUGUCAGCAUUCCUCUCUAACCAUUUCUCGGAGGUCACUGACUAUAGCUUCACUGCUGACAUGGAGGCUGAGCUGGAUAAUGUCUCUGGUGGCCUAACGGAAUGGAAAGGUCUCCUAAAAGACUAUUGGACACGAUUUAGCUCAUAUUGUAAUCGGGCUGCUACUGUCCAUAUCCACCAGGUGGAGAAGAUGUUGGAGAAAAAAUUUGGAGAUUUCUUGUUUGCUUCUCUUCCUGAUAACACCAGGACGUGCCCAAGCUGCUUGGAGGGCACUUUGAUAUUUAAAGUGAGUAGAUAUGGUGCUGGCUAUUUUAUCGGUUGUGAUCAGCAUCCAAAAUGCAAGUACAUUGCAAAGACUUUGUAUGGUGAGGAGGAAGAGGAUGCUGUCCCUCAAAAUAAUAACACUACAAUUGAGGAACCAAAGCUUCUUGGUCUUCACCCAGUUUCCAAUGAGAAGAUUCUUCUGAAGAAUGGCCCCUACGGUUUUUACGUGCAGCUCGGCGAAGACAGAAAGAACUGUACACCUAAAAGGGCUUCUAUUGGGCAGUUGAAGGAUGUAGACUCAAUUACAGUUGAAGAUGCUCUUGAGUUGUUGCGAUAUCCGAUCACAUUGGGUGAGCAUCCCAAGGACAAGCAACCUGUGGUACUAAAACUCGCUAAAGUUGGGUUCACCAUUAGACAUCGGCGUACGAUUGCUACUGUUCCUAAGAAUCUAAAACCAGGCAAUAUCACCAUGGAGAAAGCAUUAGAGCUAUUGUCAAGCAAGGAUGUGAGGCGCUGUGGCCGACCUAAGGGCAAGCCGAAGGUUGAAGAAGCCCUCGAGAUGAUGUAGUGGGUAUCUUAUGCACAUCUUAUUCAAAGGCAGCCUCAGAUGAGUUCUGAUGAAGGGUUCGACAGUGAUUGCCUUUUGUUGUCCGACACAACCAAACCCAUUUUUCUCCAAAGCAGGGUGAAGGCUACAUGUGUAUAUCAAAGAGCAUGGUGAUGGUUCAUACGUCGAGGCUCUUCAUGUACGAUUUUUAUAUUUUUUUGUCUUCUUAUUAUAGUCAGUUUCAAGAGGGGAUAGGGAUAGAAGUCGGGACCUUUUAACGAUCAUAGAUAGAGUUGCUUCCAUUGGGUAAAACGUUCACUAUUGAUCGGCUACAUUUAUCUGUAUAUGUAACAUUAUCUUGUUAUUCAUUGUCACACAAAUUGUUGGAAAUGGAAAUGUGAAUUGAAUAAUAAACUCUAGAAAUUGAUUAAA